CAGGAAGACAUGUUUUGAGUUGGAUUCACAAAUGACAAGUCGUCUCCUCAGGAAUAUAUGUGUGGGUUGAGGAAGGAAUUCCUCGUAGACUGCACUCUCUAGAAGAGAGAUUAUGAUGUAAACUAUUAGUCAUAUCUAUCGAAAAAGCCUAUCCUUUGAGACCAAAGACCAGACUCKCAUUUUGACUUCUGGCGAAGAACGAGGAAGCCUCGGUACAGGAUCUUCUCCUUUUUGGCUCCAAAAAAGUUGUUUCUUGCUGUGUCAAUACCGAAUCCGUGAAGAAGACAUUCAAGACUACUCAAGCUAUCAACCUCUCAACGACUAUUAUAAGUAUUUUGGGUUUUUCUUCAAGCAAAACUGUGAGUAGUCUUUCAAGAGUACGACGGAAUUUAUUCUACAUUUCGAAGCUCAACGUAGACUUGCGAUUUUGGGUGUUUCUAAAUAAUGCUAAUUUAAUUUUCUGUCGACGUCUAUGAUUGUAUUGCACAUUCUCUUAGUAUAGCGACUUGACAGUGAUUCAUCCCAAGGACAAAGGGCUUCAAUUUUAUAAAAAACAUAUCUCUUCAUUUUCAUCGAGAAUGUUGAUGAAGCUGUGUAAGAAUUCGUGAAUCUGUUAUAGAAUUAACAUUCGAUAAUAUCAAGUUAUUUUUUCUGACAUAGCAAGAGUGGAGGCGUUGACAUACAUCUAACUUAGAACAUUGGGAACCCGAUUUUUAAUUGCUGAACUAUAUUAAAAUUUUUAUUUCAAUUAAAAAAUAAACUUGGCUGCAUCAAAUACAAUAUUCACCAUGGCAGAAAUUGAAUUGAGUGAUAAUUCACCACCAAAAAGCCCCCAAUCUCUUGGAGAACAUGAUUACAUUUUGUUAUCCACUCCUGAAAUAGAGUCCGAUAACGGCUCUGUAAUGUCAUCGACGAAAAGCAAAUCUCAGGGGAGUAGUAUCGGGAGUUUUGUAGACAUGACUUUACCAGAGGGGGAUGCCACUGURGACAAGUCUUACACAGAUGAAGAGGUGAAAAAACUUGUUGAAGAUGCAAGAAAAGAAAAUAAGGAAGAAAAUGGCGAUAGGGACUCUACAAAUAGAUAUUCUAAGGACAGUGGAAUUGGGGAAUCGAGAGAAACACUAAAAACAGAUGAAGGUGUAGAAACUCUGGAAGAUGACRYUGGACUCAUAAAGAAAAGAUCAKCGUCUGAAAUGAYUCCAAYAUCAAAAACCCUUGAUAAUGAAGACGGUGAUUUUAGCCUGCGUAAUCGYGCUUCRACAGAYCCAGGAAGUGGAGAAGAAGAGGAAGCYGAYGAAAAYGCUGUUGAGUUYAAUAAAGUUACCUACUUGGGCUCGUCAACUGUCGACGCCCCUGUGAGCGAAAUUGARCUAAAGCGYACUAUGACAAUUCUAAGAGAACAGUCGCAAGUUACUAUUGAUGUUGUSUUAAUCAUUGGGUCUACAUCGGAAGGGAAAAUAAGACUAGUGGAUCCAGAAACAAUGACUGACAUUGCUACRUAUAAGGUGCAGAAGAUACURUUYUGUGGGCGUGGUGAUGCCGACGGGGAGGAAAAAGAUUGCUUUGCCUUCAACACGGUCCAUGGYGASCCUGACAUCUUUCAUUGUCAUGUCUUUAGGUGCUURGAGCCUGAAAUGGCAGCAAAGAUUCUGAAAUGUUUUGCAGUGGCUUUCAGAAAACACAGAAAGGUAUUGUGUACUAAUGUGUAAUAUAAAAAUAAUAACCAUG